UCCCGCCACAGAGUGGUCCUGCCUUGACAGUCAAAUUGAAGUUGGUGUCUGACUAGCUAACUUUAUAAUUUUACGUUGUUGUGACACUUAUUUUACCGAUUAAUCAUACUGAGUCUGCUUAAUGAUGCCUUCUACUCAUGACUGGAUAAACAACCCAAUGGGUGUUGUCGAAGGCAUGUUUGCCCAGAGAAACUCAAACCCCCAAUGGGGAUCAAAAGUUGUGGAGUAUUUCAAAGACAAGCUGAAAGAAAAAGAGGCCCAUACCUGGGUUCCCUCAUUGAAUGAUGUCCCUCUGCAUUACCUGAAACCUGACAGUCUGGUGAAAUUCCGUUGUUUAAUCCAAGACAUGUUUGAUCCAGAGUUCUACAUGGGGGUCUAUGAGACUGUUGAGCCCUCUAACAAUGCCAAAGUUUUGAAAUGUGGGAAGUAUAAAGAUGUUACCGAGUGUGGGGUGGAUUUGAAUUCCAGAAACACUGUGACUUCCGAGAGACAGACCUUCUAUUGUGUUCCUGUUCCAGGAGAAAGCCAAUGGGCAAAAGAUAGUUAUGCCUGCUCUAGCCAAGCAAGAGUGGUCCCUUCCACCUCUUACGUCCCCAGCAGACAAAAGCGCAGCUAUGAAGAGGAUGAUGACAUGGACACACAACCCCAGAAGCAAAGGGAUUCACACAUUGAGCACCAUGGCAACGGGGAUUCCAAAAGGCAGGAGACGGAGGCCCCCUCCAGCCAGACCACAACCCCGUCAGACUGCUCCUCUCAUCUAGAUCUCAACUUCCCGUUGCCAGGGGAGAGGGGCCCAGCCUGUCUAGUGAAGGUCUACGAGGAGUCGGACAGCUUCAAACUGAAUGACAUAAUUGAGGUUUAUGGGAUCCUCUCCAUGAGUCCUGUACUCAGCGGGGUGGCUGAAGAGAAAGACCUGGCCUCGUCGUUGCUGGACCCUGUGGAGAGUAUGGAGACUGUAGAGGAGCAGCGAGCCCACAGCCCACCUGCAUCCCUAGUGCCUCGCCUCCACGUGCUCUUCGCCAAACGUCUGCAACACAACAACCCUCUGCUGCCCUCUGCACCUCUGGAAGACAACAGCACAGUUUUGUCAUCGAGCGAGAUGACCUCGGUGAGAGCUGAGCUGCUGGCAUACUUGACUCACAUCCUCCUGGGAGAUGGACUGGCUGCAGAGUACCUUAUACUGCAUCUCAUAUCCAGUGUGUAUAGAAGGAGGGAUGUUCUUCCUCUGGGCAAAUUCAGCUUGAAUCUGAGUGGCUGUCCAACCACCUCCCCGUUCACGGAGAAACUGUAUACAGUCAUCCAACAGCUCGUCCCUUGUUCGUAUCGUUUAGGUAUGAGCCUACAGAACAUGAACAGACUGCGACUGGUGCCCAGGAAAGACUACGUGGCCAACAGGCUGGUGAGUGGAGCGCUGCAGUUGUCAAACAACACCUCCCUCUUCCUUGAUGAGACGCAGCUGGAGCAGGGGCAACUUGACACCUCAGGUGUACGCAACGUCACUGCCCUUGGGAACCUAAUAUCCUGGCAGAAGGUUGAUUAUGACUUCAACUACCACCAGAUGGAAUUCCCCUGCAAUAUUAACGUGCUCAUCUCCUCAGAGGGCCGCUCACUGCUACCGUCGGACUGCCAGGUGCAUCUACAACCCCAGGUGACCCCAUCCAAUAUGGAGGAGUACUUCAGUACCUUCCUGUUGGCUCAGAUGUCGUCGCAGCUCAACAGGUACCGUGUGUACCUGACUGUGGCUCGAACCCUGGACUACAGCAUCUCUGAUGAGGUCACCAAGGCAGUCGAGGAUGACUUUGUAGACAUGCGCAAAGAUGACCCUCAGAGUAUCUCAGCUGAGGACCUGCACAGGCUGCUUGUUGUGGCAAGGUUGCUGUCUCUCAGUUUGGGACAGACUACCCUUUCAAGAGACUGCUGGAUGAGAGCCAAGCACUUAGAGGUGCUCCGAACAAGUAGGACUGAACAGCAGAAGAGUGUCAAUGGCAAUGAGCCUUAAUCUGGAAACCUGGAGUAACAUUUUGAUACAAAGAACAAAAUCUUGCAAUAAACUUGUUUUUUUUCCCAUGUA